AUGUUCGGGGUCGUGUGCAGGAUUCUCAUGUACAGCAGCUUAGCUUUAGGAACAUACAACUCCGUCACUUUUGAGAUCACCACGCCCGCUGCCACAGCACCCGACGGCAUGCUGUUGUGCGCCGGCGACGACCAGUUCGCAUUUGUGCGCGAGGACGUGGCGGUCACAUCCCUGAAGGAGGGCGGCAAUAUAUGGACGCUUGACGAAGUGGAACGUGCUGCGACGGCCAGCACGGCCGCAGCUGCGGACUGGGCCGCAGCGCCUUGGUUCCAGACGGCGUGGCCAGUGAAUGCCGUGGAGGCCUCGCCUUCAGCGGCAGCGGAUAGGGCCGGGGCGGCGGGAGCAGCGGCGCAGCGCCUGGCCCAGGCGCAGGACUCCUCCAGGGCACCUGGCAACUGCGCGCUCAUCACAGGCCAGUGGAAACACAGCCAGCGCUACCAGCUGACGGUGCGCCUGCCCAACCCACCCGCCUCGACGAGCGCCGCCGUGAACGCGCCCAGCUUCUGGAUGGCGCCCCUCACCUACGCCUACGGCAGCGGCGGCAGCGGGGCCUUCGCGUUUGCAGUCCGCGGCUCAAAGCAAGGCGCCAUGUGCGCGCUGCGGCCGGCGGCGCGGCCGGCGCUUGCAUGGCCGCUGUUCAACGCGUGCGCCUGGGCAUCGGCGCAGGGGCUCGUGGCUGCGGGGACAGCUGAUGUCGAGGUGUGCCUGGACGCCAUCCGCGCGGCAGCCGUGAGCACCCUCAACCUGACGGCCGCGACACCUGGCAGCCCGCUGACGCUGCCGCCUGUCAGGGCUUACGCUCUGGACGCGUUUGGCCAAGCCGUGUGCCCUGCCGGCAGCGCCCUCAGCCCGCGGCUCGGCGGCGAAUGCAUCCUGUGCGGCAACGGCUCCCGAGCCGCCCCCACUGCCGGCGCCCCCGAGCACUGCGGCUGCUUCCCGGGUUUUGUGGCGCCCCUCGCCGGCGGCGUGGCGUGCGGCGGCGCGCUGCUGCCCGGCGGCAACGCCAGCGACGCGCGGGCGGCGGCACAACAGCUGUGCGUCCAGCUGUCCGCGCACGGCGCGGCGGUUGCCGAGGGGCGCCUGGCGAACCGGGUGGUGCAGCGGCUGUACCUGCGGGCGUUCCUGCGGCGCGCAGGGUGGCUGCUGGAUGAGGCUGAAUCAGCGGCCGCCAACGCAACGUUCUGGCGCGACGUCGACUCGGACGGCCGCGCGCCCGCGUCGCCGACGCGGCGGCAUGGGAUUGCGCUGGGCUGCAACCGGUGCAGGGAAGGGCGGUUCACCGACAUAUACACAGGCCGGCAGGUGGAGCCGCGAGACGACCGUUUCCAGGCCGUGCGGACCUUCAGAUUCAUUGGCUUCCUGCUGGCGCGCACGGGCCAGCCCUGCCCAGCGUUGUGGGACCCGGAGGACCCGGAAAGGGACGAUUACGGCCGGCACGACAGGGUUGUGUGCCAAGGCGGCUUUCAGAUGGCGGCAGCCGCUGCCGCGGCAGCUAGUUGA